GUGUGUCUGUGGAUGUGUGUGUGUGUGUGUUUGGGGGGGGGGGGGGGUGUCUGAAUGGAAUUGGAUGAAAGGGAGAGGGAGGGAAGGGGUCGUCAGAGAGGGGCAACUCAGAGGGAAAACCUCACUGCGGGCUGCACCAAAGUUUCCAGUUUCUCUGAUCACCACCCCUGCAUGAAUGUUAUUCAGUGAAACCUGAAACGGUGCCAUACCCUCAUCUUGAAACUGCUGUGAAACAUGAAAGGUGAGUACCAUUGAAUAUUGAUUGGAUAUUAUUAUUUUAUUAUUAUUAUUUAGUCAGCAGUGGAUGAAUAGAAGUAUAGCCAUAUAUGGUAUUUUAUAGAAAUAUGUGUGUUUAUGUAUUUAAUUGUUUAUUUUUUGGAGAGCUGCAUAAAAGUGAUUAUUUUGUAGAACUUCUUGCAUGCUAAAUUAUCUAAGUGAUCUCUGCUUACUGCAAAUUUAACAUGCUUAUUUCAUUGUUCUAAUAAAAGGCCUGUAGCAUUAAAAUACCACUGAAGUGCAAAAGCUGCACUUUGAGGAAUCAUGACAGUUAUAAUAUUCAGUACAUAUAUUAAGCACCUCACUUCUUCCUAUGCAUUCAAACAUGCUGCACAACGGUGAUAUCGGUGAUCAAAUGUGACCAGGUGCACUGCUGAUCAAAGGACAAAUCAGCUUGUUUUAAAUUUUUUAUCUGCAGUUAUGAAAAACAUAACUAGCACAUAGUUAACAACAGAAAAUGCACAAUGUAAAUCUAACCAUAGGAUACUGAAAUAGAUCUAUCUCCAUAUUCAAUGCUCACUUUCUUAGACACGACACUCAAAGUUUUGAUUCUAUUAAAUUCAUAAAUUAGUCAAAAGCGUGAGGCAGUUUUAAAACACUUUACAGUUUAUGUUGAACAGCUAGUUAAAAACCACUUCCUAUCAAGUGAAUUUUCAGUCAACACCAACUGUAAAUCAUUAAUGCAAACAGGUAGACGUGUGACACUGAUGUCCUUUCCUUAUAUAACUAACCCAGUUGUGUAUCGGCCUGCAAUUAGCAGACUGUGGGAGCUGGAGAGCACAAGACAGUAUGAAUAUGUAACUCUGAGCUGCACGUGUUCAGAAUCUGUGCCAGAUUUCUGCCUUUGUCCCUGAGAUGCCACAAAGACCCACAGGCUCAGGCAUCCUCAGGCUGUUGUUCCUUCCUAUAUGGAUAUUAUGAAUAGGACCAACAAUUAUAGUAAUGACUGACUGGUCUACAAAUGUGGACAUUGUUGACUUUUCACUUACAAACUAUAACCAGAGUGAAAAGUAAAUUAGGGACACUCACACUGACUGAGUGGUGGUAAUUAAAAAAUUGUGACCAACUUACAUCAACUUAGUUCAUUGGUAAUUUAAUCUGUUUGAUUUAAUCAACUCAAUAUGACAUUAAUUCUAAAAUUCAAUCAAAACCUGAAAUUAAAACUCACAUCAAUUUCAUAAACACACUUUAUAAUACAACAGCGUAAACCAUCCAAAUGAGAGGUUUUAAUGUUGUAACGUAAUUUCCAUUUUUCUAUUAAUGUAAGUUUCAUUAGUAGUUCGUUGUCAUGUUUAAACCCUUUAAAAAAUAAGAGAUGUUUGUUUUUGUCACUCUUGAUUCAGUACACUAACAAAGCAGGCACUGUAAAACCUGAAAAGAGGAAGGCGAAAUGAGCAGCUGAUUGCAGUCAACAUCCUCAUUAUUAGCUGCAGCUAACUUAUAUACUGGGCCUUGAAACCGCCACUUCAUUGUUUUGAUCAUAGAGCCGUUUUGUGUACAGUUGUUUAAAGCCUUGCUAUUCGGGGAACUCAAGUCUGAAUAAAUAAUACAAGUGAUAUUAUCAGGGUCUCGAUGUUUUAACCACUGACAUAUUAUAAUACAGAUGGAUGCUCAGUGGGUCAUCCACUCAAAGACUGUGGGGUCCAUAUUGGAAAAGCUCACUGCGAUCAAAUCAGUUAUGCCCUUUAAUAUGACUCAUUAUACAUGACUAUAAGCCUUAAUAUAAUUGAAAACAGACAAGCUAUUUAAAGAAUAAAUUCCCCCCUUACACUUGUGUGUGUGAAGCCAAACUAUUGCAGUUUUUACCUUUUGCCAUCUGCACAAGAAUUACCGCUCAGUUGAACUAGUUUCUAAUGCUUUUAAAAUGGAAUAAACCUGAAGUACUGGUCAUAUGUUUUGUCUUUGCCAACAGUCAUACAGAAUUUAACCUGCAGGGGGAACUUGCUAACCAUAGACUGUAUACAGAAUGGGCGCUGUCUGCCUCCUCGCUGGGUGAAGCCACCCCGUGAACAGCACCCUGUGGUGGCGGGCUGCAGUAUAGGUCAUAAAUCCCGCCUCCUCCAGCCAUCCCUAUGGAGCUGUGGACAAACUUUAGAAAUUCAUCACACAGAAUAUAAAUUUUUCCCCCCUGCUUGCGAUGUUGACAUGUAGUUACUGUAAGACUGGUUUGUCCUCAAGUCCUCUUUUCUCUGUGCAGCUCCAUUUUUAAAAGUUAUGAGGGGGUUCACGUUUUCUAUGAUCGACACUUGAUACAGCCUGUGGGCGUACGAAGAUUGCAUAGCUCACCUGGGGAAUAUGCUUUCUGCCGAAUUUGUACAAUGCUAGUGUGCAAUGUUGGUUUCAGGAAUUGGAGACAAAACCUGGAAAUACCGAGAGCUUUUCAGUGUCAAAUCCGUAUACUGGCGGAAGGCGGACCCAAGUUGUCCAUAGUAUAUCUAGUCUAUAGUGCUAACCUUAGCCACACCCAGCAAACUCGUUUGACAGUACUCACAUGCAGACUGAGUAUUUAACCAGGUUAAAUGUAUAAUGCUCACAUUGGCUUUUUUUCUGGGUGUUUCCUCACCUCAACACCAGUCAGUUAGUUGGAAUCUGAAGUUUUAUUUUGACAAUGAAUAAACUAGUCGCUUCUGAACCUUUCUUGUACGGAGACCAAAUUUUUACAGCAGCUGGUGUAUGUUUCAAGACCAAAGAUUGCUGCUUGACGUCAUCCGGCUAGGGGCUGAAGCAUGUAAAAUAUCUGACAGGAGACUCAUCACUGAUCAUCACUGUCUGAUUCAAUAUGUGUGUAUGAAAGGUGUUUUGUGACUCGACACAAGGUAGAGAAACUUUGCAAUAAAAAAGGACAACAUCAGUGUUUUCACACUCAUUUUGGCUCUUUUUUAACUUUUCGCUGCCAGUGCUAUAGAAGUGCAAUGUUGAACCUUUGGGGUAAUCUUCUAGGAUAAUGGCAGUGUAAAGACUCAACAGAGCCCACCAUAUCCUUGUCCAGAAAUUCAGUCACACAUUCACUAAGUCAAUCAUUCAAUGGAUUGGUCCGUCAGUCACAGCUUUUCAGUCAGAGGUAAAGCUGGCACCGUUUCCUGGAUUGAAGCUUCAUUGCACCUCAAUGAAGUCAUUCUCCAUCUUAGCGUUUUCUUCUCAUGGUGUGCCUUUCCUCCACAGUCUAUAAGCAGCUAUGUGUGAAAACUGUUUCAGCCUCUAAAUGAUGAUAUUAUUACACUGCACCUAUGAAAAGGACAGUGUGGUAUCAGGCUGGCAUGUUGGCAGCCUUUAAGAAACUGAAAAAGUGAGGUAAAGUGUGAUCUGGCAGCAGGGCCAUUGAUGAUUCUCAUUUGCCAGCACAAAGCAGAGGGGUUCCUCUGCCUUUGUUGCACCAAGCCUUCAUUCCCACCAACUACCUUUUGAAAACAAGGGGCUCUAUUUUUACCUCAGGCCACAAUUUGGCUCUGGUGCUUGAGGUUUUGGCACUAAACAAGGUCUAACCUCCAACCCCAUCAACACAGCGCAAACAGAGUCACAUUUGUGCUCCACCUCUGCCCUCUGCCAGUAGAAGCAAAUUCCUUCAGGUUGUUUCAAAGGAGAUGUCAGGCAAAAUGAGAUUUCAAUCCCAUGUGUUGUUUAACUCAGAAAACAGGCAGCUUUUUCCGUCCAGGUCAAACAACAUAAAAUGUGCAUUAAAAGUGAAGGCGAUGAAGACGAGAAGGGUGGAUAUUUGUCCACGUGUGUUCUUGCAACUGAAUUAGUUUAAGCGUGUCCCUGCAGAAAGAUGAUCAAUUUGUUUGAAUUUGGCCUGCAGCAGUGACCGUGAUGAGCUCCAGAGAGAGGAAAAGGGGUAACAGAAGGGUUGGUGAGAAGGCUGUUAAUGCAACCUGACAGGAGUGAGCACAGUCAGUGAGCUGUCUGUUUCCUCCACUGAGAGAAAAUUCUUUCAGCAGCACUGGCCCCAAAAUGGGGUCUUGCCAAAGGCUUGACAAGCCUUUAACGUGGUCAUGUAACUUCGAGCAAUUAGUGACCUCAUCCAACCCAGUAAAAGUGACAUACAUUACAGCUCAUGUCAUCAUACACACGUGAUGUGAAGUGUGGGAAUUCGGUACUAGGCGAGUUCCUGUGAUUCCAUAUUGUCCCUCUAUGCCUUGAGCGUGCUUCAUCUUGAAAUAGACCCAGUUUUGUAUCAUAGUGCACACAAACAAACACCCACACCUUUACACACACACAAUGUAUCCUAUUGUCGCCAGUGAAUUUUAAUUUGGGGUCCUAUGGAGAAGCGUGCUUGUCAAAAAUAACAAACAAGGUUACUCCAGAACACAAGAUUUAAAAUCACGCUCAUAUUUUUUGUCCAGCUAGUGGUUGGCAUCAGAGAACAGAGUCUGAGCACUGUGUGCAUUAAAAACGUCUAGGAAAGGUGGGCCCUCAGCAAAUUCAAGUGGAGGCUGUGCAGGCUCUCUUCCCAGUUGAAGACGCACCUGACAAUCCAUUCCUAAAAUUUCUUAACAAACUUUGUUUUCGACAAGAUCCAUGUUGUCCAAAACAACAACUAAAAGUCUUAUUGAUUCUAAAAGCAAACUCAAAACGCAUCUUUUUAGUGUUGCUUUUAACUAAAUGUUAUAUCAUUAACUUAGUUUAAGUGUUUUAGCUUUUUAUUUUUUUUAUGAUAGGAUCAACUUUUAUUGAGCUAUUUUGGUGCUCUUAUUUUAGUAUCUUUUACUGUUGUUUUUAUUUCAUUCAUUAUUUCUUAAACUUCAUUUUAUGUUACUUUGUUUUGCGCUUAGAUCGCAGGGUGGGAAUGAGCGCUUGGGUUGGGGUAGAUUUGGGUAUUCUUUGUUUCUUUUAUUUCUCUGCUGUGUAAAGCACUUUGUGCUACAUGGUUGUGUAUGAAAAGUGCUAUACAAAUCAAGACUGAUUAAUUGAUUUGAUCCAUGUUAAACUGGAUUGGUAAAAUUUACUUAAUUGUGUUUGAAAGUUUGACCUUUCAUCUUUCGCCAUCCUGUCCUAUGUUCGCCGGCUUUUGUCAUAUCUCUGUUUUGUUCUUGUGUACUGUACCUCCUCAGGACGCAGAGAUGAUCUGGAGAACAUGGCAAAGGUGGAACCCUCCAACGGACACAGCAGGUCGCUGGACAUCGUACCAAGCACAGAGGAGAAGAUGAUAGAGAGGGGUCAAUGGGGCAACAAGCUGGAGUUUGUUCUGUCAGUGGCAGGAGAAAUUAUUGGCCUGGGGAAUGUGUGGCGUUUUCCUUACCUCUGUUACAAGAAUGGAGGAGGUAAGUGUUUCCCAUCUUUCCUCUCUGCUUUCCCAUCUCCGGCCUGUCAAACAAAACCAUCUGUAUUGACUAAAUUAUCUUUGACAUCGGGUGUGGUGGCAGGAAUACCUCCCAAGAAGAGGCAGUAAAUUUUAACGUGUUUUGAUCAGUAAUGAUAAUUGUUCCAGAGCUUUAGCUUUCUCUCUCUGUCACAUUAGAGCAGCUCUUUUAGAUUAGGAGCCAAACACAAGCCAAGUUUGUAUCCUGUUGAUGCAGCUAACCCAAACCUAAACUCAGCUUCUGUGUGGUGGUAACGUUAAACUAGAGAAGAAUCCAGGGUUAAUAUGUGAUCUAUUCAAAGAGAUCCACUCUGCAAUGAAGGUCAUGAACAUCAAUAAACAAACACAUUUAGCAGUCAGUUAGCUGAUAUCUGAUUCCAGAGAACUUAUAUGCACAAACAGAUUUAUCUCAAACUUUUAAGAAACAUAUCUGAAUUCAUUGAAGGAGUUUGAAAUUUAAACAAGCCCCCAAGUUUACAUUUUAUUAGACUACUAUGAAGUUAUUUUCUGCUCACAGGUGCCUUCUUCAUCCCAUACCUCAUCUUCCUGUUUGCCUGUGGAAUCCCGGUCUUCUUCCUGGAGACAGCUCUGGGUCAGUUCACGAGUGAAGGAGGCAUCACCUGCUGGAGGAAAAUCUGUCCAUUGUUUGAAGGUAAGAAAAAAUCAAUAUGGGAUAAUGUUGUAGCACUGAAAUCAAAUAAAACUGUCACUGAAGUUUUGGCGUCACAUACUCAGAAGGUCUGCAUACAUUUUCAAAGCCAAUGAGAGGGAGAUCUUUGAGACUGUGACAAAACGAGUGACUAUAUCUAAACCUGUCAGUGACAGUGUAAAAUGAAAGAGCAGGUACACGGUACAUUUGCUUACCGUGUUGCUGCACGUCAGUCUGCACUCUGCAUUGUAACCGCAGUAAUCCAAUAGGACCAUGCUGCUUGCGAGUGAGACAUAUUUACUUCUGCAAACAAACAAACUCCGGAAGUCUGAACGCUCGGUGCGCACUUUUGAUUGGACGCUGGUUGCCGAGGCGCUGGGUACCGGCUCCCGCCUUUUGAGGAAGGAGCGAACUCUUAAAGAGACAGCUGCUUCAAUCUUAAUGCAGAAAUAUACGGAACCCUUCUGGAGACAAUAGCCACCAAAGACUGUAUAUAGAAUGGACGCCGUCUGCCUCCUCGCUGGGUUAAGCCCAAAGACUGUAUAUACUAUGGACAACUUGGUUCCGCCUACCGCCUGUUUACGGAUUUGAAGCCAAAAAGCUCUCGGUGUUUCCGGGAUUUUUCUCCAUUUCCUGAAACCAGCUCUGCGCAGUAGCAAUGCGCGCAAUCGGCCGCACAGUCGCAGAGAGUCGCUGUGAUGACGCUCGGCUCAAACAGUGUAGAGCAGUGGAUUACACAUGUUUAAUCCACUGCUCUGAAACAGUGUAUCCCCCGGGAGAGCUACGCAAUCCCUGAACGCCCAUAGGCUGUAUCAGGUGUCAAUCAUCGCAAACAUGAACCCCUAAUAACCCAGCUAGGAGGCAAACUCUGUCUAUUCCAGUGGAGAUUCCUCUAAAGAGGAAUAUCAGGCGUGCAUAAAAUGUGCAUUUAUACUUUCGAAAACAUUAUCACUGCAUUUGUGCAUUACUGUCUGUCUGAGUGCAUGCAUGAGUGUCAGGCAACAUUUAACACGUGCUGAUCAGAUGUGGGAUGGUUAAGUAUGAAGUUGCAAUAGCAGAAAAGCAACAAGCACUGGCUAAUGUUCCAUUUUCUGCCUCAAAAUGUGUGAAAUCAGCCAUAAAUAACCAACUAGAGGAGGAUUGGCACUUAAGCCAAGCGUAGGCUCAAGUUUUAGAAAGUUGUGCUUUUUUAAUUCACUCUUCCGUUUUUAGUUGUCAUUUGCUUUAUCAAAUGAUAAACCACUCAUCUUUUUCUGGAGUGGCUGAGAGUGUCAGGAGCUUUAUAUUUCUGUGUUUUUCCUUGUUAGAGAGAAGAAUGUCAUCACUUGAAUGCUCCGAUCUAACCAGAACAUUUCUUCCCUCAGGUGUGGGUUAUGCCACCCAGGUGAUUGUUGCUCUCCUUAACAUUUACUACAUCGUUGUGUUAGCCUGGGCCAUCUUCUUCCUGUCCAACUCCUUCACCUGGGAUCUGCCCUGGGCCUCCUGCAACAACACAUGGAACACAGGUUAGACACGGGCUACUGAGCAAAGACCAAGAUAUGGAUUUUCUACCAUUAGUGUAUAGUCUUUGUGUAAUCAUUAAUCGAGUUUAGCCUGAUGUGUUGUUGCAAAUCUGAAAAGCCAGAUUUAGAUUAAAUUACUGAUGGAUUUCAAUACAAUCCUUAUUUAACAUGUGUGAAUUUAGCAUAUAUUUUAUCAGCUUUCUAAUUUAGUUUCACUUAUUUGUGUUUUUGGUUUAUAUUUAGCAGUAAACAUCCCCUCGCCCUCUGUGUCCUUCAUCUUUGUGGUUGCAUUGUUUCGCUUGCCUCUGUGUUACUUGGAAACCUCAGAGAAAGCUUGGAUUUCUUCAGGGGAUUGAAUGUCUUUUUGUCUUUCCUUCAUUCAAGAAUCCUGUAUGGAAUUUCAGAGGGGGAACAGCUCCAUCAAUCACCAUGAGAACGCCACCUCUCCUGUCAUUGAGUUCUGGGAGUAAGUAUCUUUUUGUUUGGCCGUGUCCUAGAAUGACUUAACAUGCCAGCGAAGUAUGCAAAUUAUUCCAUUUACAAAGAUUUAUUCUAGAUUUUUCUUGGUUUAUUUUUUUAUAUUUUUUUGUUUAAAAAUCAGGAUUUUUCACCUGGUUACAACUUUUACUACUUGUUUUGGAGUUUUGUUUUUAAAGAAGCCUUUUGAACUGUGAACACACCAAGCUUUUUAGCUCAUUAAAACACACACACAUAUCUAGUUGACUGUACUAAAUUCAAGGCUUGGAUAUGACAGUUUUGUGAUAAUAGAAGUUCAAAGUGUAAAUAAAACUUUUCUAAUAUUUGUCUCAUUUUUUUUCCAUGUGUGCCCCAGACGAAGAGUACUGCGAAUAUCCUCAGGUAUCCAUCACAUUGGCUCUCUGAAUUGGGAUCUGGUCAUCUGUCUGGCUGUUGCAUGGGUCAUCUGCUACUUCUGCAUCUGGAAGGGGGUGAAGUCUACUGGCAAGGUGAAAUUUCAGCUCAUUACAGGCACACAAUCACAUUUUUCUGCAGCCUUUUUUUUCCUGAAGUACAUGAUUUUAUCUAAAUACACUUGCCAUGCGGUCUGCUCUGUCCUCACAUUUGAAAGAAAUGAUGCACAAUGAGAGGUAGAAUUAAUAAAACCCCAAUUUGGCUGCUAGAUAAACCACUUUUGGACACAGUAUAUCCAAGUAUAAAGUUCUGCUUUUUCCUUUCAGGUGGUUUACUUCACAGCCACCUUCCCAUAUGCGAUGCUGCUGAUCUUGCUCAUCAGAGGCGUCACCCUGCCUGGAGCCUUUAGGGGAAUUCACUUCUACCUCUACCCUGACCUGGGACGGCUGUCAGACCCACAGGUAGACUAAAUAGACAUUUGCUGGAACACUGUAUACAUGCAUUGAACAUUUAAAGGAACACUGACCUCAACUAGUAGAGCAGGGCAGGAAAACAUCCAUCCAAUGUCUGCCAACGUUUUAAUGUUUAACAAAGUAUUUUGACGCCUUCGUUUCAAAACUGGAACAGUCACACUUAAGUUCAAAUUAGUUAUUCACAUACACAGCAACAUCAUAACCGUCAGACACAAGAGGAUAUUUUUGUCCAUUUCAAGAAUGUUCCAUUCAGUCUGGACUAUUUUUGUCAAAGUAAAUUAGUAUUUGCAUGCAGUGACUUAUGUUUGGCUGUAUGACUCUGCUUUGGGAGCUGACUGCCCUUCCACAUGUUAGCUUAGAGUAGGGAGAGCACACCUCCCUCCUUUUCAUGCUCAUAUUCAAAAAACCAAGGCAAGCUGGUGAAGUCAUACACAACACAGGAUAUGUCAUAGUCCAGGAUUAAAUAAAAGGGAAAGGACCCAAAUGCAGACAAAAAAAAAAGGAUUUAUUUAAAAUGAACUGAAUGAAAGGCAACAAAAACUUACAUGAAAAUGUCCAACCAAAGAAAUCCCAAAGUCGAAAUCUCCAAAAAAUACAAGAAGCAAAAUCCAAAGAAAUCAAAAGACACUCAGGAGAGCAGGGACUUAGAGAUAAAAUAUCACAGGGAACAGGCUGACACGCACACACACAAUGAACCAACAAGAACAAAGGGGAAGACAGGGAUUAAAUACACACUGGGAAACGAGCAACAGGUGAGGCAGACGAGACACAGGUGAGACUCAUCAAGGGUGAUUAACAAAGGAGUGAAAACUGGGGAAGUAAAACCAGACUAGAAACGCUAGGAAUCAACUACUACAAAAUAAAACAGGAAACACUGAAAACUAAAGAAUAAAACACAGAGAGCAGGAGGGAAACAGGGUCAGACACAAACUAAAAACUCACAAGACUGGACUACAGGGGAACAGGAACAAUAGGGAACAGAAACACUAGGGAAAACACACAAAAUGCACUCAAAUAAAACCAGAAGAAAACUUAAUAAACAAAACAAAUGACAGGAUAAGAACUUGAACAGCCUGAACCAGCUAUACUCAAUUUGCAAAUGCUGAAAACCUGAAACAUGCCCACCGCUGCCUGUCACUGCAACAUGGCAGGGAUCAUUUGCGAUGAUCUGUUGGUUUGGUAAUCUCUGUGAGGUUAACUUAAACAGGCUGAGAAACAUCAUUAAGAAUUAGUUUUAGAUAACAUGUAACUACCUUUCCAAACUAGAAGGAUCGAGAGAAACAGAUAUUGAUCUGUGACCAAGUAGUUAAAUCAGGGCUUCAUAGAUGAAGGUUAUACAAACUAAUAUAAUGAUUAUUGGUAUAGCUAAAAGAAGCCUCUGUUGACUACACUCCUAACACAAAAUAAAGAUACUGCACAGUAUUAAAUCUGCUUGUGCCUCAGUUGUUGGCUUGUAGUUUUUAUCAUACUUUUUUUCCCCAGAUUUUAAUCUAUUUAAAAAAACAUCUACAAAUAAUUUUUAACUUCCCUGUUAGCUUGAUUGCUCCUAAUCUGCUGCUCUUUUGGCUAAGGUGUAGUAGGCUUCGGGAAUUAAAGAGAAGUUAAUAUUGGACUUUUUUCAGUAGACAUGACACUUGAAUGGAAUUGACAAUUGUACAGUAUUUAGCAGCUUUAAAACUUUAAGCUAGCAUAGAUGAUUUGUUUUUGUUGUAGCCAAGCAGGUUUGAGAACGGAGGAUGCAAAUUAAUUCAAUUAAAAACUCUUAGACUUGUAGAUUUUUCCUUGUGAUAAAGCAUAUUUAGAUUUCUGUCUUCUUGCUGAUCAAGACUUUAAGUUGCCAUAAGUCAUGCUGGGACCAGUGUGUCUCCAGGAGACACUGCCUUGUGAUAAUGUGUCCUGCUGAAUGUCAAGGACUUCUGCACAGCGAAGGAAAAGAUAAUAGAUUUGGAAUGGUGGUAACAGGAACUUUUCAACCAGUGUGAAAAUCCCAAAAAAGGGGCCCUCUUCAAUUCCUCUUUGGGCUUUCUGGAUGAAUGCAAGCCCUGUGUGUGCCGGCCAAGACAAGCAAGGCUGGUGGAGUUGGUGCCUUUGUGUAAUGUUGUGUCCAGAGCUUGUGUUGUUGGUUGGACCCCUUGUCAAUCAGAUCUUCAGUGCUGGCUGACAGGUAUCUAAACAUGCCCCAGUGCCCUGAGAGCACUAGUAGAACUGGGAGCACAAAGACUAACCUCAUUUGUAUUUUGAAGUGUGGCUGAGAGUUCACAGUGGGUGAAAACAUGCUGCACUUAAUGCAUGGGAGAGACUGGGAUCAGUAAUAGGCUUCCCUGUGUGGGUGAUGUAAGGAUGGAGAGGUUGAGAGGCUGAGUUAAGGAGUCCUAGAGUUAGCUUGGUAGUUUGGCUGUGUGCUAAAGAAGUAUAUUAUUACCAGUAAGGAGUUAGCCUAAUGUGUACAACAACAAAAAAAAAUCCCUCUGCCAAAAAGGUGCAAUCAAAAUGUGCCUAACUCUAUGGUAUGGUAUGGAAUUACUAUACCUGGUAUCAUAUGGUAUUAUAUUGUAUGGUAUCAUUACUCUGCAUUUUAUAGGAUUGCACAGCAUCAUAUCAUACAAUAUUAUAUCCUAUAAUAUCAUAUUGUAGCCUAUUGGAUAUGGGUCGCACCUUGUCGUGUUGUAUGGUAUUGUAUCUUACCAUGUCAUUUUGUAUCCUGUUGUACCGUGCCUUAUGUUGUGGUCUGGUGCGGUAUCAUAUAUUGUUUUUUAUGUAUCCCAUGUUGUACUGUAAGAAAUUGUAUGGUAACAUAUUACUGUAUGUUGUAUCACAUGACAUUGCAUUGUCCUGUUCUAUGGUAUGGUAUAGGAAGGUAUCGUACCAUAUCAUAUCAUAUCGUAUCGUAUUGUAUUGUAUCACAGGGCAUCGAAUUGCAUCGCACCAUAUCAUAUCCUGAUAUCCUGAUGUUAUCCUAUAUUUUUUAAACAAUUGAUAGGGCAUCAUACUGUAUCAUAUCACACCCUGACACAUUAUAUCUCAUCCUAUUAUAAUAUAUUUCAACAUAGAGACUUGAUUGAAGGGUAAUCAAGAUUCUAAUGAAUUUCUAAUGAAAAAAAAGAUUAUUUAGAUUGGGUGACAUGUUUUAUUUUGCCUCAGUAUCCUGUUUAAUACAUUUAUUUUAUUGUCUUAUUUCUGAUCUGUCUUUAGGUUUGGAUGGAUGCUGGGACUCAGAUCUUCUUCUCCUAUGCCAUCUGUCUGGGCUGCCUCACUGCUUUGGGAAGCUACAAUAAAUACAACAACAACUGCUACAAGUAAGGGCAAUAGGUCUGAAAUAUUGUUGAAAUUUGACUUAACUUUUAUUCAGAGGCGUCAAAAAUCUACCCUACGCGCAGUUUCUUAUAAAGCAUAUGCUUCUCUCUGUGUUCAUUUUCCAGGGAUUGCCUGUCCCUCUGUUUCCUGAACAGUGGAACAAGUUUUGUUGCAGGUUUUGCCAUCUUCUCCAUCCUGGGCUUUAUGUCCUAUGAGCAGAACGUGCCCAUCUCAGAAGUGGCUGAAUCUGGUUGGUAUUUCUGUUCACAACGCUUCCUAUUUCUUUACGUUUACUUCAAAAGUUACUGAUUUACUCUGAAAAAGAGAAAAAUCUGCAGUCUAGAUGCACAAAACUUACACAGUGAAACGUGUCUCUUCAGGUCCAGGUUUGGCCUUCAUUGCCUAUCCCCGUGCUGUUUCCAUGAUGCCUUUCUCCCCUCUGUGGGCCUGCUGCUUUUUCAUCAUGAUUGUCUUUCUGGGUUUGGACAGUCAGGUAACACCAACAUGUGCAUCUUCAUUAGCCUCAAAUCUGACAAAUAAAGCGCACAGAUCUCUGAUUUUGUUCAUCUAAACUCACCUUUUCAGUUUGAAAUCUGCACAUAUAGAUUCAUGAGAAAUUAACUUUUUUAAAACAUAUAUUCUACCUUUAUUUUUUUGGUCUUGUUCAGUUUGUGUGUGUGGAAAGCCUCGUGACAGCCAUGGUGGACAUGUACCCCUCCACUUUCCGACGUAAAAACCGCAGGGAGCUCUUCAUCUUGGCAUUAGCUCUGAUGUCUUUCCUCAUGGGGCUCAUCAUGCUGACAGAGGUUUGUCUCAGAAACAGAUCACAUGAUUGUUUAGUAAUUGUACACUCCUGGUUUCAUUGUAAAACCAACAUAGUUUUAUCCAGAAUUACAAAGAAUCGUUUAAAAAAUUGGUUUACGGAAGAUUGAACUUUUGAAGUAACGAUAUAAUAAUGAAUAUCAAAAUAUUGUCAGAGGGUUGAGUGAGGAAGGUUUUUUUUAAUCUGGCAUCUUAAUUUUAAAUACUUAGCAAUUCAUUAACCUAAUUUUAAAACUGCUUAUUUCUGCCUCUUACACAGCCUUGAUUGCAGCUCUCCAGACAAAUUCACCUAAAAUCUCAGAUAUUCGAUUUUAACAGUUUUUUCACUGUGUAUCUUUUUACAGAAACAUCUACAUAUCUUUUGUUUAGGCUGAGUUUUUUUCUAUUACUUUGACCACAUGGCAGUUUUCUUUGAACAUCUGGAGUCAUAAACUCAUGUCUGUCUCUGCAGGGCGGCAUGUACGUCUUCCAGCUUUUUGACUACUACGCAGCCAGUGGCAUGUGUCUGCUCUUUGUGGCUGUGUUCGAGACUGUCUGCAUUGCUUGGGUUUAUGGUGAGUGUGUCAACCAGGUCAUUCUGUGGCAUCCAAGAGACAAAGACUUUAUCCUCACUGUACACUAUUCAUCCCUGACCAUACUGACCUCUGCGCUCAGCCAAUCAGAGACAGGGAAAUUAAACCAACAGAGUGAGAGGCUACAGUAUGGCUGUGUAAGGGGAAAGCUAUUUCAAUCAUUUGUCAUAGAAUAAACUAUAAUCACAACAAAUUAACCCUUUUUAUUCAAGCAGUCAUGUUUGAAGAGACAGCUCUUCAAUAAGCAGUCAUGUCUAUCAGAAAUAUAAGUUACUAGCUAAUAUGAUAUAUUUCUUGCUUUUACUCUUCAAACUGUGUAAAGUGUUAGAUACUGAUUGUUAACUCCCCCUUGCGUCUCUUCUUGAUUACAGGCGCUGACCGUUUCUAUGACAACAUAGAGGACAUGAUUGGCUAUCGCCCUAGCCCUGUCAUUAAAUACUGCUGGCUUUUCUUCACCCCUGCAACUUGCUUCGUGAGUGUCACAUACAUUUUCAAGCAUGCUAAUUACACUGUUCUCCUGAGAAACAGCGGCCCCUGCUGGUCAUAAUUGAAAAUGCAUUUGAUUAUUCCAACUGGAACCACUUAUCUGUAUGUUGCAAGGAAAUAGCAAGGAUAAGGACUAUUAUUACCUCUUACGUUGGUUGCUAAUUUUUCUAAUUAAGUGUGUGCUAACGUCAUCCAUCUGUAUGGAGCCAUUUAAUAUCUCUCUGUCUCUGUUUUUAGGGGACCUUUGCGUUUGCCUUGAUUAAAUACUCACCUCUCAAGUAUAACAACGAGUAUGUGUACCCCUGGUGGGGCAAUGGGAUAGGCUGGAUCCUGGCCCUGUCCUCCAUGAUGUGCAUCCCUCUCUGGAUAGCUAUGAAACUGCGCUACACACCUGGAACAAUGAAAGAGGUAAUUUUGAAUCAAAAUCUGUCUUUUUUAAAUGAGCAAAAAUAACUGCAGCUCUUCUGUACAUCAGAAGAAUCAACAGAAGAAAAUUAAAUUUAAAUUGUUUCAGAUAUUUGAGAAUAUCUUUGUUUUAAGAGCCAUUUCAUCAAUGCGUUUAUAUGAGCACUUUCAGUGGUACAUAUGCAUACUAAGAAACAGAUAGGUACCUUAAGAGUUUGCACAGACCAGUGUGAAAUUAACACAUUAACCCAACAUGCAUGUAUUUUGAUGAAUAGUGAACUCAGCGGCUCAGUUGGCAUCUCAUGAACCAGAAUGUGAAUGCAGUUCACUCUGGAGACGGGGAACAACGGCUCACAUAACAAAAGGAUCUGGGAGGUUUUGACAGAUACAGAGCCCCAUGUUUUACAGCAGCCACAGCUGGUUUUACGGCAUGCUGGGUGCUGCUGUAUGAACAAAUUAGGACAGAUUACAAUGGACUAAAAUCUUGUAUGGUCUUAGAGAGGUGUAACAUGUUCAUGUAACAUGUUCGCUUGUUCAGAGUUUCUGACUUUUAUUUUAUGAGGUGUGAAAACUUUAAGCAAACUCACUUGUAGUGUGAACUUGCACAACACUGAUAGGGACCAAAACAUAUUUAAUAAUACAGAUUCUCUGUAUCUGCUGGAUGUCCAAAAAGCAAACUAUUUACCAAUGAACUUACCACGUGCUAGAGAGUUUAGACUCACAUUUUGUUUUUGCUGGCCUAUGUUUGUGAUAAAACUAGCCAGGCAUCGUAAGACUUACUCUUUCACUGCAAAGUAGAAUUUCCUGGGUCAUCCUUCAUUUCUAAGGGGUGUUAACACUGGCUUUGAUAAGUUCAAAUAUACAUUUCCUGUCGGAUCUAGCUCAACUUGUAUUUAGUUUACAACUGAUCCAAUAGCAAACACAGAUGGUUCAGAUGGAUUCCUAAUUUGCACUUUGAUAAACAUACUGUAUGUCUUACUUCAGUGAGGAUAUUGGAUGGAAAUCCCUUUUUAAAUAGGAACAGACACUUCUCUUCAAUGUUGUCCUGUGUCUACAUCUGUUUAAGAAUGAUCAUCAAAUCUCCCUCCUUUCUCUCCUUCCCAGCGUCUUGUUCUGUUGACGACUCCAUCCCCCGACUUGCCGAAGACCAAGCAGGACCAGGAGAAGCUGCUGGCCGUCUACUCAGCGGACGGUGACAGCCUCCACCAGAGAUCACCUCCCAACAAGGACGGCUACUUCCCUGUUGAUGAAAAAGAGUCUCACUGUUAGACAAUAGAGGGUUGGAUUCAGAGCCUGGUGGGGGUCAAAGGAUCUCUCCUUAACUUUGACACUCUCUCGGGCUCCGUCCCAACUACAGCAAUACCUCACCAGUCGUGUUGGCGAAAUUGAAGCAGCACGGACUUGAAGAGUCAUGUGAUCUGUACCUGUUGACCUGCUGCUGAAGAUUCCUCGCUGGCAUCAGUAUUCCUUCUCACAGUUUCAAAUCUAUUCGGGGGACUUUGUCUGUGGCAGAAUCACUCGUACAUUUAAAAAAAAAAAAAAAGCCAUUGUUGUCACACAGUGGCUAAGAAUUUACAUUUGAUCGUUUCUGCUUUCUAAGGAAGCAUUUUUUUGUGUUAUGGACAUCUCUAAUGUUCAGUUAGUCUGACAUGACAUUACUUAAUUGAUUCUAACAUCUUCAAUAAAAGCACAAGAGGUAUCACGAGAGUGUACAGAUCACUAAAGAUCACUUGAAGAGAAUCUGUGUGUAUUUGAAUGUACACAUAUAGUGUUUCUGUUUGUACUGAGCAGGAGAGAGUCAUCAUCUCAGGAGGUACAAUUUGUAAUAAAAAUAAUCUGUGAAUAUGUAUUAGUGAACUGUUCUUGGGAAUUCAAGAAUUAGAUUUUGGAUUUCUAUCUAGCUGGAUUGACCUGAACUCACGCAGCUCACCGUUUAAUGUUUUUAUGCUCAUUAUUCACCGUGUGUUUGUACUCUGUCUGUUGCUGAACACUGCAAAGUGGGCUGAAUGUGUCACAUAAUUUCUCCCACAGGAUUUAAUUUCAGCACAGUGUUUUUUUUCUUAUCUCUUUUCCUUUAUGUAUUGCAUGAUAUGAAAUUAAAUGUAAAGUGCCUGAAGGAGACAGUUGUGCCACUUAGAUAACAUGACCAGAGCAGGCUGGUUUAAGGGAUUUACUCCAAAUUUAAAACACCACUCUUGCUGUCAGUUUCUCUGCUGUACAAUGAAGAACUGCAUCAUGUCUUUCUUUACAUGUUGAAAUGAAUAAAAGAUCAUUGGUUUGUGAUAGGGAACACUUUUACACAUAUAACUUUUAUAUGUUAAUUUUCUAUGACUGAAUAAAAACACCCUCAGUUGAAACAAA